AAGUAAUUUCCUCGUUGGAGCAAUAAAGACAAGGGAUCACACAUGGCUUCUGUCUUCUUCAAAGGCGACCAUCACAUCUCUAGGCUCGAGCGGGGUGGCUGCUCGUCCUGACCCGGCUCCUCCACAACUGUCAGCCUUAUCGUUGUUGCUCAUUAUCGCCUUUUUGACACUGGACAAAAAACUGUAAUCAGGGUCUCCCUUCUCAUCUCGUGCAUGUGCGUGGUGCUUUUUCCGUCAACCAUGCCAUCAUACUUUUAUCUCAACGACAACAAUAAGAAAAACACUUUCCCGUCGGGCGAGCCUUCCUGUACCUAAGGGCAUAAUGUAUCUGACGAAAGGCACCCUUUGGCGAACAGUAAAUCUACUUUACGGCUUCCUUGUAUUUGGCUAUUACUGUACGCUUGCUGCUGUCCAUGGCGGAUUUUUCUAUCGGCCUUCAGAACGCGAGAAGAACGAGCUCACCAUUGCAAGGCAUAAGCUCUGGGACCUUGAGAAGCAGCACGGAGAUCUCGCCCAUGCCUUCUUCAAUCUCCGCAACGGGCUGAAGCUACACUACGUUACUGCGGCACCAAAACUUUCCGAGAAUACUAAUCUAGUGAUUCUUGUUCACGGGUUUCCCGAUAGUUGGGCGAUUUGGUUGCCGCUUCUUCAUUCGGAUGUUCUUCGUGAAAAUAAUAGGAUGGUGGCGGUUGACUUGCCGGGAUAUGGAGGUAGUGAUGGGCUCAACCAAUAUACAGCAACCGAGGUCCUCGAAAUUAUGACAGAGUUCCUUUCUGGCAUGAGAACUCUAUUCCUGCCUGACGACGACUCAGUUACUUCUGGCGGGGGAAGAGUCCUAUAUGUUGGACAUGAUUGGGGCUGCUCAAUCGGAUUCAGACUGGCAGCCGAGGCUUCUCGACUCUGUGACCACUUUAUUCUUCUCAAUUCCUUUCAUCCACAAAUUUUGGCAACGAAUGCAAAGCGAAUCAUUCAGUUUUCCAGCAAAAUGCUGAAAAGUGCUGUUCAAAGGCCUUCGGAGUCUCGCCACGUGAUUCAUACUGUCAUACACACCUCGCUGCCUCUGCUUAGCCAAUUAAAGAAAUCAGGCUACAUCUUUAUGUUGAAUUUACCAAUGCCGUUUACCGCUUUGUUUGGACGACUAGGCGGUUACUGGUGGAUUCGUUAUGUGCGAGGGCUUGAAAAGGGUGCAAAACCUUCGUUUCAAGGCAUUUCGGUGGCCGAGUUAAUGGCUUCAUCGCUGGGGCCGUCAAAGAUGGAGGUUGCAAGCGCAACACCGGUUGGAGAGCGGUAUCCACCAAGCGUAACCGCGCGUUUGCGUUCCGGGCCGUGGCCAGAACAGAUUCGAUUGUAUCGAGAAGGUUUGGCAUGGGGAACUUGGGAGAAGUCACUCGAGACAUUAGGUAUCCUUUUCAAUCUGGAUGAUGGUCGCCGUCCAAGCAGUGGUGCCGGGUUGUUCGAAGAGGGGCCUCUGGGAUCACUCAAGGCACCGGCAACAAUCAUAAUGGGGGAGCGUGAUCUUGCAAUGGAGCCACGAAUUGCGCUUGAUGGCAUCGGAGAUUAUCUUUUCCGCCGAAGCCAGGUCAUCAUUCUCCCAAAGAACGGUCACUGGGUGCCCAUUGAGGAUAAAGGCGGAGCAUUGCUCGAGCAAGUCAUUCAAUGGGCAGGGACGUCGAGGCAAGAGAAGCUCAGUCAAAGAGUCAAUGGUUUGGGCACAGGGGCAAAGAUAACGGUAGAAAGGUAGGUCACCCAAUGGGCUUGUGAACCGCUCAACCGUGGCAAUGAAAGAAAAGCAAUAGCUGCUUUUAAGUCUGCAGGCCUCCAAUGGUAACAAUGACAUAUUUUGUUCUAAAGGCUGUCAUUUGAAAGAAGAAGAAAAGUUGAUUUCGGUCGCAGAUAGCAAGGCUACACUGGAAUGAUUGCGCGUCCCCCAAACAGCCAUUUUUCAUUGCAGUACUUCAAUUCUUUUUGAGUGGAGAAACAUUGUACGUCGUCAAGCAAUGACAGCUUGAUUUGAGCAACGGGUACAGAAAUAGUGGAAUUCACACCUCGGACUUCUUUUGUUAGUAGGAUGGAAUUUUAUAUUCCAUCGCCAAAAGGGCUUGCAGAGUUAUACGCAGUGAUGCCAUUUGUCGAAUGCUACCUCG